AUGGUUGACCCCAAUGCCUUUGCAAUUGGAGAUGACGAGGACGAGGAGGAUGAGGACGAGGACCUGUUGACCAUGGAUACAUCACCUUCCGCCACUCCUACAAAGGCCAAGAAGCCCGCGAACUUGCUGAGCCCUGACGACCAGAGCUUGUCCAACGACAGCGGCGACAACGAAUCCCGUCGACGUGUGUCAAGGGCCAAGGCUGAGGCAGCCAAUGCAGCGCUUGACCCAGCUCAUCCCCUUCACAUCACCUUGCCGACGUUCCGAAUGGUCGUGCUGGCCGACGAGCUUCUCGAACAGUUCUUUGAGUCAUCCUUUCCAGCAUCGCUCCACAUCAUCGAAGGCCUUCAGAGCGCCAACAGCUCCUCGUAUGGCUCCUCUCUUACCACGUUCUCCAACCUGGGCUUCAACACACGAUCACAGGCACAGGCACAAUCCGGACCCAUGGGCGGCGGCCGUGGCCUGCGCGGCGUUUUGGACAACAUCGUUACCGACGGAAUGCGCGUGGCAAGUGAGGUGCGCAGGCGGAUGGAGGAGGCCCAAAGGGAGCUUGAAAAGAACGCUCUGCCUAGCCAACGGACGGAGGAAGACGAGGAAGACGAUGAUGAUGUUGGUGUUGCCAUUGGCGUUAGGAAGGGCACGGGAGGUGCCAGUGCAGAUAUUGAACGUCGAUCUGUCAUGAGCGCAGACCGCGACCUCUUGGAUGGAGUAGACGCGGAAGUAGGUUCGGGGGCGGCUUCGAAAGAACCAGGACAGAGUUCCAACUUAUUAGAGGUGGACGCAGCGGCGGGACGACGCCGAGCAGGCAGCGCCUCGACAACAGGGGGGCCGGGCGUGUUAGAAUUCGAAGGGUAG